UUUGCUCCGGAGCGGAUAGACACCGCACUGCACCGGUCAUUAUGAGAGAAGAGGGACAUCAUGAACGAGUAGAGCCUAAAUUUAGAUGAAAAGAGGAUGUUCUUCAAGGUACUUCAACCACAACAUCCUCUCCUCGUCUUAAUGUCUCAUUGAACUAUAAAAACAUGUCUUUUCCGCAUACCUUUGUGAUCCAUCCCGAGACAGAACCGGUUUCACCUGAUCCUCCGCUAUGAUCACGGCCAGCGCGUUAGCUCAACAAAGGGGAUCCCGGUAUAGAAUCGCUACGGACGGUCGGUCACCAUCGGUGAGGGACCCACACACCUCUUUUAUUUUCAAUUUCAACCGUGGACAGCUGCCAGAUAUUCUGGCUACCCUGGAGUCCGUAGCAAGCGAGGGCUGGGAUGGAGAAGUGUUGUCGCAGCUGUAUGCCAUGCAUGAAGAGGUUAUGGGACUGCAUAUGGCCCGAGUUUUACUAUCCGAACAUCGCUCGUCCGGCCGAGAUCCGCACGGUUUCAGGUGAUAUCCGGAUCCCGGCUCCUAAGAAGAAGCCGGCGCAGCUGUACGCGGCGCUCUUCGACUUCGAAGCCCGCAGUGAGGAAGAGCUGACGGUGAAAGAGGGGGACAAACUGUCUGUCAUAGAAAAGAGGGGAGAUUAUGUAUUUGCCAAGAAGCUGACGGGGUCCCUGGAGUCCGGACUGGUCCCUGCUAAUUAUGUGGCCCUAGUACAGGAUGAAUUCGCUAACUACAGAUGGUACUAUGGGAAUAUAAACAGACAAAAGGCUGAGAAGCUGCUUCUGAGUCCACAGAACAAAACUGGUUCCUUCCUGGUGAGGAUCAGUGAGAGCCACAGCGAUGAAUAUACUAUCUCCGCCAGAAGUGAAAAUAAUGUCUUCCAUUUCCGUAUUCAUCGCUCAGCGAUUGGUGCUUACUUUGUAUCUGACAAGAUCUCUUUUGGCACUCUGGAUGAGCUCAUCAGAUACUACCAGCACAACUCCAGAAGUCUGGGAUGCCCCUUAGACCAGCCAUGUGUACAGCAAAGGGAGCUGUUUGACAUGGAGCCAUGGGAGCAGCCGAGGGAGGAGUUUCAGCUACUCAAGAAGCUGGGGGAAGGCCAUUUUGGGGAAGUCUGGGAAGCCGUCUGGAUCACAAAGAAACAGAAAGUAGCCAUCAAGAUGCUCAAACAAGAGGACACAAAAUUGGAUGAGUUUGUGAAGGAGGUACAUGCACUGAAGAAGCUGCACCAUCCUAAACUGAUUGAGCUGUUGGCUCUCUGCACACGAGGGGAGCCAGUCUACAUUGUCACCGAACUCAUGACUAAAGGAAGUCUCAAAUCAUAUCUUUCUACACCGGAGGGUCAGGUGUUGACCUCUGCUCACCUGAUCUACAUGGCUGGUCAGAUAGCAGAAGGAAUGGCGUAUCUGGAAGAUCGACACAUUGUCCACAGAGACCUUGCAGCUCGAAACAUCCUGGUUGGUGAAGACCUGGUGUGUAAAGUGGCUGACUUUGGUCUGGCUCGCAUUAUCAAGGAUAGUGUGUAUACCGCUAGUAGAAACACCAAGAUUCCUGUACGGUGGACGGCUCCAGAAGCUGCGCUCUACCAGCGUUUCUCAGUCAAAUCUGACGUCUGGUCCUUUGGAGUGCUGCUGUAUGAGAUAAUGUCACGUGGAAAGAUGCCAUAUGAUGGGAAGAAUAAUAAGGAGGUGUUGGAGAUCCUGUCAUCGGGGUACAGGUUACCGUGUCCAAAUCGCUGCCCCCCAAACAUCUACCGCAUUAUGUUGGAAUGCUGGCACGCGGAGGCUUCCAAACGGCCCUCGUUUCAUGCCCUUCACAGUCAGCUGGAAAAUAUCUACUCCAGAAUCUAUUUCAAAACCAUUGAGGUGUAGAAGAGGUGGACUGAAACAGAAGAUUCUGUGGGACAGAACGGAGAAUGAAGAAACGAUUUGCAUGGACAAAGGUGCACAUAAGAUAGACUGUCUUCUUGAUUGCUUAUAUUAAUUGAGUUAUGUGUUAUUUUAAUAAAUGCUUGUUAAAGGACUUUAAAGAGGAUAAAAGAUUUGAUUAGAGAAAAAGAAGUUGUUAAAGAGCAAAAAUGUGUCUCCUUAAUCUGAAAGGGACAGAUUAGCUCAUCAUAGCAAAUCUUGAUCAUGAGUGGAUCAAGAUGUCAAGCACUGUUAUGUACUGUCAUAAUAUACGUCUUUUACACUGCACUUAUUGUAUUUUGUGCAAGUGUUGAGCCCGUUCAGUUUUUGUAGUAAUAGGAACAGGGGAUUAUUUGGUCUUGAUGUUUUCAGGUCAGAGUUUAUGUUUACAAAAGAUUCACCUGCCAAAGUAUGGACAGGUGUCGAAAUGGUGAAAACUACGGCCAUUUUAAGUUAUAACUGUUGAGAGUCUUUAGCCUAUGUGAAGGCAGGCUGCACAAAUAACUGUUUUCUACCAGGUUCACGAUCUUGAAAUGAACACUGUGUUUAACACAGGAGCCAUAUGACAAAACUACCUGGGUAGGUGUCCUCAUGAUCGGUUUCGUAGAAAUCACAUCCAUGUCAGAAGCCAGUUGUCUUCCAAUGAAUUAUACAAGAUGAAUUCUUAAGAUAACUCUUGAAAAUAAAAUAUUUUUUCAGUAUAUGUUUCUGCAGUUUCUUUAUCACUUGUUUGCUUAUUUAUCAUAAUGUAACCCGACU